AUGAAGAGAAAUACCUUAAGACUUCCUCCCGUGCCCAAUGCCCCCAAAAGAACAGGGGAUGAAUUUGCGAUGGAGUGCGAGAAGUGGGAGGAGGCAUCGGAUGAAGAUGAUGACUACCCAUACAAGGACUGGGUCGCCAGCCUGGCAAGGAGAACACUCCAACCCCCGAUUAGCAGCGCUCGGGAUCUGGCCUCCCGUACUUGGCUGACGGAGAAGGAGGAGAUACAGAAGCUGCAGUGGCAGGAAAGCUUCCGAAAGGAACGGCCUUUCCUGCCCGCCGUGACGAUGCCGGCUUCCACGGCGCAGCCACAGGGAAUGCAUCUACUUGGCGCCAGCCGAAGGCUGAAGCAGCAGAAGGUGGUCACCCGGCAUGGUGGCCAGCGAUGGCGCUUCGUGGGCAAGGCCAGGUGCAUGGAGGCCCAGGCCGUGAAGGCGGAGGGCUCAGCUGAGACCGACGAGUACGUGCCGGAGGGCUGGGGCAACUUGAAGGACUACGUCCAUGGGGUCAAAAUUGGGCCCGGCAGCCUCUUCAGCCACCCCUGGGACCGGCCCACUCCCUCGGGGAUUCAUCCGAACACACCCAGGGUGAGGAAGCAGUUCGCUCGCCACACUCUUUACUGA